CCCCACGCCGGCCCCGCCUUCCGUUUACAGGAGAUCAAACAUGGCGGACGGAGCGCGGCCGACGCGUCGUUGGCGGCGGCCUCGGCGACGACAUCAACAUUUCGACUGAAGACGAGCGUUGCACGACAACGACGACGACGACGGCGGCUACCAUGAGGGAGCGACAGAAAAAGAAAGGAAGGACGUGGGCGGAAGCCGCGAAGACGGUGCUGGAAAAAUACCCCAACACACCUAUGAGCCAUAAAGAAAUCUUGCAGGUCAUCCAAAGAGAAAGACUAAAGGAAAUCAGCGGAACGUCGCCGUUAGCAUGUCUGAACGCAAUGUUGCACACAAACUCCCGCGGCGACGAGGGGAUCUUCUACAAAGUUCCGGGUAGGAUGGGCGUGUACACGUUAAAGAAGGACAUCUCGGAGGCGGCCGCCGAAUUGUCGGAGGACGAGUCCGAGGACAGCAGCGACGACCUGUCCGACUCCCGAAGCUCGGAAAACAACGGCGGCCCUCGGGAAGGCGGGAGGAGACGCUGGAUGAGACCAGUUCCCUCCAAGCUACCUUCGCAGCAGCAGCCGAUGUCGCCGCAGCCCCGCUGCUCGUCGCCGUCCGUUGCAGCCGCCGCCGCCAAGCUCAUUUCGCCCUCACAGAAGCACAGCAAGAAAGCCCUCAAACAGGCCUUGAAGCAGCAGCAGCAGCGGAACCAACGCAGGCAGGCGGCGAUGCCGACCACUUCCACUUCCAGGCUGCUGCUGAAGACCAUCAAAGACAUGGCGGACAACAUCACCGCCAAGAAUGAUCUUUGCCUCCCCGUUGGAUCCAGGAAGGUUACUCAGCGGUCCGGUCGCAUCAGUGCAGGCCACCUGAAACGCAACAGGUGCAAAAUCGACGUGGAGACGCCGGACUCAAUUUUGGUCAACACCAACCUGCGGGCCGUCAUCAACAAGCACACCUUCUCGGUCCUGCCGCCCGACUGCCAGCAGAGGCUGCUGCGACUUCUGCCCGAAGCGGACCAGCAGGCCUGCGCGGACGGCCUCCUCAAGGUGACGAGCUCGGCUUUGAACAACGAGUUCUUCACGUCGGCGGCGCAGUCGUGGAAGGAACGGCUGGCGGAGGGUGAAUUCACGCCAGAGUUGCAGCUGCGAAUGCGCCAGGAAAUCGAGAAGGAGAAGAAAGUGGAGCACUGGAAGGAGGCCUUCUUUGAGAGCUACUAUGGUAAAAAUUCUGGACUCAGUCUUGAGGAAUCCAGAGAGCUGACGAAAGCUGAUCUCAAAUGGGAGCCGAAGCCUCGUCAGCCAAGACCGGCCUCGAGGUUGUCGGAGGAAGCGAAGGGAACGGACGACCGCAGCCGGACCGACGGUGGCGCCGUAGCGAAAGACUCAAAGUCAACGCCUUCGGAGGAGAAGACGCCACCUCCUCCAAAAGAAUCUGUCUCCGUCCCAGAACUGAUGAAGACCAGGCGCUCUCAGCAUGCGGAGGAUUGUAGGAUGCCCGCUCCGACCUCGAGAGCAGAAGCGGAGCAGCAGAACGAACGCGUCGCCGCGGAGACGCGGGCUAAAGAGGCUACAACGGAGCUCAAGACCAGCCCGCCGCCACGAGCCGAAACGGAGGUAAAACAGGAUCCACCGUUGCCCGGGGUCGAGCCCCCCGAAGAGAUGAAGGUCGAGCCGGAAGGCGCCUCAGAACCGCAGAAAAGAAAGCCUCCCGGCCAGACGGAGGACGAGGCCACGCCAGAAAAAAGACCGCGAAUAUCCUCAGUUUCCUCCGUGUCCUCCAUCUCCUCCGUUUCUCCACCGGCAUCAUCCAUACCGAGCCCGGCCACUCCGACUUCUGCAAGCAACCACAGAGUUCCGCCGCUCAAGAUUCCAGUCUCGAGAAUCCUUCCCGUCCCCGUGUCGCCGAGGACUCCCCUGCCCACCUCCCUGAACAGCCCGCCUCGGACCGGCGCUCGCACUUUGGCGGACAUCAAAGCCAAAGCUCAGCUCGCACGAGCGCAGCGAGCGGCAGCGGCGGCUUCUAGGGGGGCUCUUCCCGGGACCGGCAGAGGCGCGUGCGCUUCCGAGCCCACGAAACCCUCCCUGGGUCUGAGUUUAACUUCCCCGCAGUCGUCUACCACGUUACCACUCAACACCAACAACGCAACUCCCUCUCGCCCUCAGGACGCCCUUGGGCCCCUCAGUCCAAGCCACUUGAACAUUCAGGACGUCCGAACGGUCGGCAUGCGGCCUUGUAACGCUCGUUCGGACUUAGCACCUGAGUGCCAGGAAACUCCUUCCGGAUCGACGCGGAUAAGCUCCUGUAUCCCCGCAAACAACCCGCUGGUCACCAGACUCUUGCAGGGAAAAGAAGUUCCCUUGGAGCAGAUCCUCCCGAAACCUCUCGCCAGGGUGGACGCCAAGACGUCCCACGUACAUUCCGGCAAGAGCAAGACGCUUCAUUCAGCCACCGGCGGCGGACCUGAGCACCACCAGCGUAGCACCACGGGCUGGGCCUUAUCGCACCACACCAGAACUCACAAAGAACCUCUCGACAAGGACACCCAGGAGCAGAUCUUACAGACUCUGAUGGAAAGAAAACUCCAGCAGCGACAACUCCAACAAGGAGGUCCGACUCGCCACGGCCACCAAGGGGAGCGCGGCGAGGACUAUCAGGACCGACCGCGGCUACCCGUCGGCUUCUUGGGCCGCAAGAGAACGCCGAGGCCCGCCAUGACGGGACACUACCUCCUCAACGUCUCCACGUACAGGCGAGGGUCAGAAAGCAAGCGUUCCCACCGGGCCGCCAUCCCCAACGUGACCGUUCCGAAAAGAGAAGCGGCGGAUGACCAGGAGGUGACGCGAGAGGGCGUGUUUGAGUUUAAAACUGAGCAGCAGCGAUCGUCCGGAAGCAAAUGUGAGCAAGCCGGGAGUCUUCCGCGUCGUCUCGACAUCAAAACUGAACCGGGACUUGAGGAUAUCGCAAAUGACGAGAAAAGCCCAGGGCAUAAGCAAGUCUUCAAUCAAGGAAAAUCCGAGCCAUAUCUUCCCCUCAAGGAGUCCGGUCACCAGCGGUCGUCUGCCUUUCCGACCCCGAGGAUGUCCAUCCACGACGAGUCGGUAUCGUCCCGUUACGGCGGUAGCAUCAGCGUCUCCGUGCCGCACGCUUUGAACCGGAACGUCUCGGGCGCCUCCGCGACGGCUCCGGACGACGGGAGCGUCGUCUCCUUUUCGGUGACCGUCACCACCAUUCCCGCCGCCAGCCCCUUGGACCCGGGCGACGGCGGCGCGCCUCCGCCGGAGCCGUCCUUCGCCGAGGCCGCCGGCGUGGAGGACGCGCAGUCCAAAUGCUACUGCCGGCUGAAGGCCAUGAUCAUGUGUAAAGGGUGCGGGGCCUUCUGCCACCACGACUGCAUCGGACCCUCGGAGUUGUGCGUCUCGUGCCUGGUGAUUCGAUGACACCCGGAUCGGGUCGCUCGGUGGCCGGUGGCGCCUUCGGCGCGACGCUUACACUGGAUGGUCUUAUUUGACGGCUGCACGGCGCAUCGCGUUAAUGAGUCUCGGGGUCGGAAUCUCGACCGGGGCCCUUUUUUGUGUGCCCUUCGCUUACAAUUAUUGUGGGUUUUCUCCGGGUGUUCCGGCUUCCUCCCACAUUCCCACAAAUUCGUUCGAUUCAAGACCGGCUGUGCAUGUGAGUGUGAAUGCUGGUUUGUCUACCGAAUACAUCACUCACUAAAAUUAGUGAUAGGAGCCAAAAGUGGCAAGUAAUGAAUGCCUUUGGAAGGGUUCUGCUGACUUCUCGACCGGGGUGCACAUAAUUUCAGUCUGCUUGUCAAAGGAGGACCAUUCCUGAUCCGGAUGACGGGAUAAAUUAAUUGCAAUACGACAGCACAAGACGGCACAAUCCGAGCAUUUUCCACACUUCUCUCGGGCAACGUUCGCCAAUCUUUAUGGCACCACAGAUCCGUUUUCCAUUUUGACGGACGCGGCUAGAUCGACGCCCACAGAGCCCCGUGCCGGCGGCGCCGGCUAGCACUUCGUGCGGGAGUUUAUCCUACGGCGCGUGCUCGCGGCUGAGCCCAACUGAACUGAGAAAGAAACGCAUCAGUUCAUGAACUUUUUCAGGGAGUCCUCGGUCUACAACUCAGAUCCGUUCCUACCUGGUCCUCAAUCCUCUCCAUCUUGACAAGUAUCAAAGAUGGCGGACCGCAGGACGGGCGUUGUAAAGUCUUGGGUCUAGACCGUCUUAACCCGAGGACUCCCCUGUAUAUCCGCUCAAAAGAUGAGUUCAUUUGAACGAGUUAUGGACAACAAACACUCCAUCCACCCCAAAAAAAGAUGAAAAUACAAAAUUCUCAAAAAUAUGCAAGGACUUAUGUGCACCCCUGCUCAUAGAGGUCUCGGGCCGGCGCCAGAGCACGACUUUUAUAUUAGACUGUACUUUGGGUCCUCCUUUCACGUCGCCCGAAUUCCUUGGCACCGAGAUGCCAGAAAUUGACUCCGAGGCACUACUUACUAUUCUCUUCGAGCUCAUGCGUCACCUGGUGGCAACUCUCGGUCGGAUGUUUAAGAACGAGCACCGGAGCAACAAAUCGGUGCGUUUCCCCGCAAAAAUUCAAUAAAAUACACAAAAAAGACACAAAAAGGUGAACCUCUGGAUGAAAUUUCAGGAGGAACUUCAAAUUCACCUGAAAUUUCAGAACCAGAAUCACGGGAAAAUUACUAUUCUGAACUUUUUGCGAGUCGUGUAUGCGCCCCCGCGAUCUCACCUGCGACCCGACUGCCGAUCAGAGCCGUCGGAAGCAGUUUUUGGAACACGUCGAGAUCUCAAUCGCGUCGGUCGUCUCGCCCGAGACAAUCUGACAACAUUUGCACUUAGCAUUAGGGUGGUAUAUAUUUUUCAAAUAUAGCUUUAUGAAAACUAGUUUUUAAAUGGGGGGGGAAAGGGAGGGAAAGAAAUUGAAUGUUAUUUUUGUAGAACCUCAAGACUGUUCUAGAGUUUUAAAAAUCCUACCAGGCUUUAGUCGCUUUCAAAGGGCAAAAAAGGGUGAAAUUUCUGCUGUUGGGCAUUUGCCGCGCGCGCGAUGCCAGGGAAAGUGCAACUAUUUUAUAAUAUCAACACUCACCAAGAAUCGUGUAUAGUUUUAAAGAGCUUUUCAAUUUUCACUUUUUAGCCACGUUUAUGUUUUAUACAAAUCAACGACGAUUGCACAUUUAGGAGAAAAACGCCCAAUGGGGGGAAAAACAAAAAAGUAGCAGGAGCGUUUGGCACUUCAAUCCGUCGAGGAAAUCUUUCUAUAUAAAAACCGCUUUUUUUUUCUUCGUCUACAGAUUGAAUUUCAACGUUAAACUUUCUCACAUGAAUAAUCCUAUAUAUUUUUGUGUAAAUAUUGCCUCGAUGUACAUGAAUUUAGUCGAGGUUGAUCACAAAUCAUCUACGCUAAGAGUCAAAACGCUUCAGCAAACCGCGCCAAGCGGUCGAUUCGGUACGGCGUGAUUUUUACUGGAGGUGCAAUAUGAAAUAUGAAGAGUGAUAGAACACUUUGCUCUAUAGAUGACAAAAUCAUCUUUUUCUUUUCUCUCUCCGCAAGUAAAACUUAACAGGAAAAACGCCAAAGUCACCUUAAAAAAAAAUAUAUCAGAUAUAAUUUUGAAUAGUCUUGCUAAUAAAUCAAAGUAAUAUAUUUUAAUUCAGAUAUUUUAAUAUAAAAUGAUAUAUUUUCUUUUGAAACUCAACAGGGUAUUUUUUUUUUUUUUUUUCCUGUUUUUUUGGACCACACAGGUCGCCAUCCCAUCGCGCUUUUUACAGUCUUAAGCACCCAGAUACAUACAUGACAUUUUUGCGCGGUUGUCGUGUAAUUUGUGUCGUACAUUUGGAUUGUCGUCGUUUUUUUUUUGUUUGUUUUUUCGGUGCCGUCUCCAUUUGUGCGGAAAGGCCAGAGUUUUAUCCGUUAAAUUGGGAGGUGUGGAAGCCCCCUCCCGCAGGUUUACAGUACGAGUGAGACGUGUCGAGUUUUGGCAACGUGUUCACGUCAUCGGAUUCACUACACGCCCCUUUUUCGGAAUUAAUUUCAAAACGCGACCGCGCGCUAAGAUUUCUUCCUCUGGGGCAAUUCGUGUGACGAUGCUGCUUUUUGUUCGCGGGAGUUCGAGGUACAAAGCAAGAUUGUAAAUCAGGGGGCCUGUGGGGCCGUACACGGAAAAAGAAGCCCCGGAACGUUUAAUCCACAAAUGUUUAUAAUAAAUAGAAAUAUAGAUAUGUAAACACACACACAUAUAUAUAUAAAUAUAAAAGUGGCCCCUAAAAGGUUACCAAUGGCCACCCUUUUCGAGUAAAAUGUCCUUUUGUCCUCCAUUUUAAAUGGGUGAAUGUACUAUUGUGUGUAAAAAAAAAAAAAAAAAAAAAAAAUCUAUCAAAUGC